CACUUUUUACAGUUUGAUUCCUUUCUCCGUGAUUUCCCUUCCAAAUGACAAUUUAAUUGCGUCCCGCCGUCCUGAUAUUUCUCCGACCUCUCUCUCUCCCUCCCUCCCCCCUGGUAUUAGUUCAUUUUACCAUCUUGUACAGAAGAGAAAGUCGCAUUCAUCCUGUCUUGCCCAAGGCCGUUGCCACCCACCUUCUCUCUCUCUCUCUCUCUCUCUCUCUCUGUGCACGUCAAAAGCGUUUUUAGAGAGAGAGAGACACGCUCUGUGCCUAAAGGCAAUUCUUGAGAGAGGGAAGCGAGAAACAUCUUUAAUUGGGUUGGUUGCUUUCCCACAGAUAAAAAAAAGCGACAAACAUCUUCAAUGGAGUUCGUGGGUAGGGCCGUGAAGAAAGAGUUCGAGGGCUUCGGGGUAUUCUCCGGGACCGUGAUAUCCUACGACGCUUCCUCUGGGUUCUUCGAGAUCCUCUACGAGGACGGAGAUUUCGAGGAGCUGGAGUUCUCCGAACUGGCUUCGCUCUUCGAGGGCGGAGAAGAGGCCGCUACCGCCGCCGGUCAAUUGGCUCACGAGAAGCCGCUGCUUGGCCGGAAGCCCAAAAAGCGGCUACGUAUGGAACGGAAGCGCGAGGUUCGAAACGAGUCAGGUAAUUUAGAUACUGUUUAUUUAAAUAAUGGGCUUGAAGGGAAUUUGAAUGAAACUUUGGGGACGAGUGGGAAUUUACACGGAAAUGGUAAUUCAAAGGACGGGUUUGAAGGGAUUUUGGAAAUGGGACGUAGUUUUGGAGGGAAUUUGAGAGAAAGUGUAGAGGUGAACCGGAAUUCGAUUGUUAACGUCGAAGAAACCCAAGAAAACGAAAGCGGGUUUGGGCAGGAUUUGGAAGCGAGUGUUUCUGUUUGUGGAAAAGCAGAUCAAAAAGAUAAUUUGAACGACGGGUUUGAUUUGAAUUCUGGGUUUAAUUUAAACGAGGAGGAUUUGAAUGAUGGGUGUGAUGCACAUGUUAAGUCUCAGGAAAAUCUGAGGAAAAGGGAUUGUAUUGAUUUGAAUUUAGACGUGAAUGGUGAUUUUGACGAGAAUUUGACUCAGAGUUCUUUGGGUUGUUCGGCUUUGGGAACCCAGAAGAGGAAACGUGAUUUCGAUUUGAAUUUGGAUAUUUAUGAGGAAAUUAAGGAUACGGAUGGUGAUGGUGACGGUGUAGUAGGAUUUAGGGCUAGUAAUACUUCUAAGUUGGUCGAAGAAACCCCAAAGAAAGAGGGUACUGGAGAUGUUGAAGGAAAAUUCAACGUAGAUGGUAGUGUAAAUGGGGACUAUUUGGAUAAACUUAAUUUAGAUAUUAAUAAUGGUAAUUUGUCGCAAGAUAUCGGUGGGUCCCUUGAGCCUGCAGCCAGAGAUGCAUCUUUAGUGUUUGCUGAAGGAGUUAAGCAGGAAAUUAGUGUUUAUAGUGGAUAUCUGGAAGUCCAUCAAUCUCUCGGUGGUUUGGGUGUUAGCGGCAUUAAGGAUUGUAGUUCUAUGGAAGUCCAGUUGGAGGAUGGUCUUUCUGAGGCUGGUGCCACAGUUUGUCAUCAGGGCCCUCCAUGCAUAAAAGGAAGUAGCCGUAGAAAAAGAAGAAGACUAUCAGAUAAUUUGAGAUCAACCACAGAUCCAGUUUUGAGAAGGAGUACUCGCAGGGGGUCUUCUCAGAAUCCUGUUGCAUGUACUGUCCAUGACCCAUUGUUGUCCCCUGCAAUUAGUGCCGUAACAGAGGAAAUUACAGCAAUUUCAAGUUUUGAAGCAUCUGAAAAGUCCAGUGUUCUUCCUCCAAAGCCGCAGCUGCCCCCUUCUUCACAAAAUUUGAAUUUAGAUGACAUUCCCAUUAUUGACCUUUUUUCUGUCUAUGCGUGUUUAAGAUCGUUUAGUACUUUGCUAUUCCUGAGUCCCUUUGAGUUGGAGGAUUUUGUAGAGGCACUGAAGUGCGAUUCUCCUAGUACAUUGUUUGAUUGCAUUCAUGUUUCUAUUUUGCAAACUCUGAGGAAGCAUUUGGAGUACCUUUCAAAUGAAGGGUCCGAGUCUGCUUCUAAUUGCUUAAGGAGUCUUGACUGGGAUUUGCUAGACUUAAUUACAUGGCCCAUUUUUAUGGCCGAGUAUCUACUGAUUCAUGGUUCAGAAUUGAAACCUGGUUUUGAUAUCAGUCGCGUAAAGCUAUUCAGAUGUGACUACUACAAACAACCUGUUUCUUUAAAGGUUGAGGUACUUCGGUGUCUGUCUGAUGAUAUGAUUGAAGUGGAAGCUAUAAGGUCUGAGCUUAAUAGAAGAUCUUUGGCAGCUGAGCCUGAUAUGGUUGUCGAUCGGAGUAUGAACCUUGAUGUUUGCAAGAAAAGGAAGGUUACCAUAGAUGUUUCUGGUGGCUCUUGCUUAACAGAGGAUAUUGUGGAGGACACCACUGACUGGAAUAGUGAUGAUUGCUGCCUUUGUAAGAUGGAUGGAAGCUUAAUAUGCUGUGAUGGUUGUCCUGCUGCAUACCAUUCAAGGUGUGUAGGAAUUCGAAGUGAUCUUUUGCCAGAGGGUGACUGGUACUGCCCUGAAUGUGCAAUUGAAAGACAUAAGCCUUGGAUGAAACCACGGAAGUCACUGCGGGGAGCAGAGUUAAUAGGAAUUGAUCCUCAUGGUCGGCUAUAUUUUAGCAGCUGUGGCUACUUGUUGGUGUCAGAGUCUUGUGACACUGAGUCCAUUUUCAGUUACUACCACAGGAAUGAUCUGAACGUUGUUAUUGAGGUUUUAAAGGCUUCAGAUGUUUUCUAUAGUGAUAUUUUAAUGGCUAUCUACAAGCACUGGGAAAUCCCUUUGAACUUGAAUGAAGCUAGUAAUUUCGACUCGCUGAACCAUUCUGUAUGCUUAAACAUUCUUACUAAGAAGCAAAACCUGGCUUUUUUAAUGCCCUUGGCACCACUGACAUCUUCAGAAACAAAUACAGUUAAUAAUGAGACUGAUGAUGUAAGAAAAGUGGAUUCUAUUAAUGGAUGCCCUGGUCAUUUUGGCAGCGAGCUUUCAAAGCCUGUGAGCUUCAUAGGUUCUGUGAUUGCCACAGAAAGUCCAUAUAUAACUUCAGAAGGAUCAGCUGGAGCCACACAAUCGAAUGCAGACAUUCCAAAUUUUCAAAAUUUUGGGCCCCAUGACUCAAAUAGAUCUGCUGAAUUCUUAGCUCUGUCGCAAGUACCGAUAAAGCGCCCACUUUUGGGAGACAGUUCUCUGACGUCUGCCAGCAUGGAUGUCAGACUAGAAAAUGGUAUGGAAUCUGCAGAUCCUCGGCAUUACACGUUUUCUAUAACCACUAGAAAAGGGGACCCAUCACAAGCAAAUUGUGGGAUUGGCUAUAUGAACUACUACAGUUUUGCACAAACUGCCUCAUUAGUUGCAGAGGACUUGAUGCAUAAAUCAUCAGAGAAAGUCAAUGAAAACUCAAUAUUGUCUGAGGAUGAUAUAAUUUCAGCACAAAUGAAGGCCAUUUUGAAAAAGUAUAACAAGUUUUGUUGGCCAAAUAUUCAGAUACUAAAUGUAGAUGCAAGGAAAGAGAAGUGUGGAUGGUGUUUUUCGUGUAAAAAUCCAACCGAUGAAAGAGAUUGCUUGUUUAAAAUGUAUUUGGGGCCUGUUCAGGAAGGUGUUAAAAAUGAUGUCUUUGGUCUUCAAUCAAAAAAGAACAGGAGAGGCCAUCUUGUAGAUGUCAUGUGUCAUAUUCUCUCCAUUGAAGGUCGUCUGCAAGGGCUUUUGUUGGGUCCAUGGCUGAACCAACAUCAUAUCAAGUACUGGCAUAAAAGUAUUCUGAAGGCUUCUGAUCUAGUGUCCAUUAAAAACUUAUUGCUCACAUUGGAAUCAAAUUUGCGUCCUCUUGCACUCUCAACUGAGUGGUCAAGACAGGUGGAUUCUGCUGUUACCAUGGGUUCAGCUUCUCAUGUUGUAAUAAGUUCAAUGCGUGCAUCCUCAAAACAAGGGAUUAGCCGAAAGAGGGUUAGGCCUUCAGAACCUGAGUCCAAUCCUUCUUCGAAUGCUGCUAGUGGAUUGGGUAUAUUCUGGUGGAGGGGUGGUAGGCUUUCUCGUCAGGUGUUUAAUUGGAAGGUUCUGCCUUGCUCCUUGGCUUCCAAGGCUGCCAGACAAGCUGGGUGCACAAAGAUACCAGGCAUAUUAUAUCCUGAGAAUUCAGAAUAUGCAAAGAGAAGCAGAUUUGUUGCUUGGCGAGCUGCUGUUGAGAUGGCAUCUAGUGUAGAGCAGCUUGCUUACCAGGUUAGAGAGCUUGAUUUGAACAUUAAGUGGGAUGACAUUGAAAACACACAUCCUCUCCUUGCAUUGGACAAGGAAUCUAGAAAAUCAAUCAGGCUUUUUAAGAAAGUUAUUGUUAGAAGGAAAUGCACUGAAGGGGAAGUGGUGAAGUACCUUCUUGAUUUUGGCAAGAGAAGAGCUAUCCCUGACAUUGUUAAAAGACAUGGGUCUGUGGUGGAAGAAUCCUCUAGUGAAAAGAAGAAAUAUUGGUUGGCCGAAUGUUUUAUUCCAUUGCAUCUUUUGAAAAAUUUCGAGGAGAAAAGAAUUGCCCGCAAAUCUAAUGAGAUGAAAUCUGCAAAGCUUCUUGAGAUUGGUAGAGUAAAAAAGAUAUCCCCCCAGAAAAGGGGAUUUUCGUAUUUGUUUUCAAAAGCGCAAAGAUCUGAGUAUUAUCAGUGUCGGCACUGCAAUAAAGAUGUGCCGAUCAGGGAGGCUGUGAGCUGCCAGUACUGCAAAGAAUACUUUCAUAAAAGGCAUGCCAGGAAGUCUGCUGGGGCCAUCACUGCUGAGUGUACAUUUACAUGCCACCGAUGCCAGGAUGGGAUGCGUGCCAAGAUUGAUGCAAAAAGAGGGAAAACUGGCACAAAAGGAGGGAAACUAAUGUCACAGAAAAAUAAAAAAGCCUCAAAAGAUCGCAGGUCAGUGAGACUGAAAUGCAGUAAAAAAGCCUCGACAGUUGGACACAAACAAUCACAAAACAGUAAAAAAACUCCAGCUGUCGUGCCUCUACGUCGUUCACCUAGGAAAGCUAAAUGCUUGUCACUGCCAAAUAAAAAGCGUGGACGCAGGAAAGUGAAGCAGAUCAAAUCCAAGAAAACAGCAUAUAAGAAACCAAAGAGAGUUACUUCUUGGCAGAAGAAGAGAACAGAUGUUUACCACUGUUACUGGCUCAAUGGUCUUCUGUUGUCUAGGAAGCCAAAUGAUGAACGAGUAAUGCGUUUUAGGGAGAAAAAUGUUCUUGCCUCUUCUGAAAGACUGUCGGUAAUUCUUGAUCAGCCCAAAUGCCGUCUUUGUUGUGAACCAGGUUGUGCAUCUACAUUAAACUAUAUUGGUUGCGAAAUAUGUGGAGAGUGGUUUCAUGGAGAUGCUUUUGGACUUGAUCCAGAGAACAUCGAUAAGCUUAUUGGAUUUAGGUGCCAUGUAUGUCGCAAAAGGGACCCUCCUAUCUGCCCCGGUGUGCAGGCUGUGAAGAGUGAUGUGUCACAGUUGGUUGAGGCACAAAGUAAUGCUGUGGUUGAUUGUAACGAAGAAGUAUCUAAUGCUGUUCCACCAUUGAGUGAGAUUGCAUGUAAUUGACUCUCUUGGCAUUUGAGGGUGAAUACUUCAGCAUAUGUUGAUUCUGAUCUUUUCUGAUAAAGAGGGAUGCCUGUUAUUUGUUAAGAAACACAUCGGGUAAAAAAGUGAAGGAAUGGAUAGUUACGAGUGGGUUUGGAAGGUUACAACUACUAGAUAACUGGAGAUCUUCGACUAAGAACUCUUUGGUUCGGAAAAGAAAUAUCGAAUAUGCUAGUGGGCAAAGCCAGAAUGACCAAGUAGAAGGUUGCGGCAGCAAAGCAGUGUAUUGAGACAUUCCUAGGAAGAACUGGAUCUGCAUUAGGAAGGAAGGACAGGUUUUCAUUGAUUUUCAGAAAAGGAUAAUUUAUGCUCAUUCAGGCGAAAAUGCCGGGGUGUCCUCCUGGGUUCUAAGUUCUUCCUGAUAGAGAUUGCCCAUCAGUGCUAUGUUCAAUCGUAGAACCUUUUUAAUAUUCUUUUUCAGGUGGGACGGGUUGUGGUAACAUACUGACUUGGUCUAGGUUUUGUUCCACAAUUGGGACUGACAAUUGAUGCAAUUGAAAGGCAAAGGACUUGACAAAAAAGUAGAAUUAAUUCAUCUCAGGGGAUGUUAGACAGUGUAGAUCAAAUAGUACUCGAUAUUCUUGCAACAUCAAUCAUAAAGGUAUAUUUAGAUCAUUCUCUCUUUUUAAUUGGUUCUUCUUAAUAGAAUGAGACUCAUCUUCCAACUUGUAGGCAGGACUGCCUUGUUCUUGUGAAACCUUAUCCUCAAAGAGGGUGGGGGAAUAAGAUCCUUUUCUUUUAGAUAAAUGUAGAUGUUCAGGGAAAAGAAAUCAAUGAAGAGGUUGAGUUGAACGGCUGUGGAAUUUUUGUUUAGAUUCAAAUGCCAGAGGUUCAAUUGAGCAGCUGUGGCUGUUAAGAUCGAAGUCAAGGAAUGAUUUAUCAGGAAAGGAAAAAAAAAAAUUCACUAUUUAUGACUUACGUUUACAGUACAGCUAAAGAGGGUUCUGGUUUUUUAUUUUUUGUUGAAAUUCUUGGACUGAGAGUAUGAGGAAAAUACACAAUACAAUGUAUCCCAUAAUAUUUAUUGUUCUUGUGGUGAAUCUUUUUUUUCUGUGUUAAAUGCUCAGUAAGUAUUGUCUUUA